UCCUUCUUCAAUGUAUUGCAAACUUCCGGAACAUGGAACACGAGAGACUACGGAUUUCACAACCAAUCAGAAAAUGAAAUUAGCUGAAUGGCGUUGUAAAUUGAUAUAACUUUAUACGUAUUUUAUAUAUUGUACACAUAAUUACUGGAAUAAUCGAAAAACGAAGAUGCCAGGUCACUCAAGUAAAAAGCAAUCGCAGAGAACGAAAGGAAAUGUGCGGCCAUCCAGUAGCAGUCAGGCUGCACAGCUACUGUCACAGGCAGGUGAUAGGUCGACUUUUGUUGGGUUUGACACAAUGUCAGGGUCACCAGGCUAUGUUCCUGUCAGUCAGGCCCUAGAGGAUGUCGAUAGCAGUCUAGAUGCUGACUUCCGCCUUGUUCUUCGUAAACUCACCAAGAAAGACAGCAUCACCAAAGUCAAGGCACUUCAGGAAUUCAGUAGUCUUUGUCAGGAAAAAGAUGUAGAAGAAUUAAAAGCUGUCCUCCCAUUUUGGCCAAGAAUGUUCAAUAGGGCAGCUCUGGACGUAGACCAUAGAGUACGGGAGACAACCCAGCACGCAAUGACGGCCCUGGUUGUUAAAGCAAGGAAGCAUCUGGCACCACACCUACGCAGCCUGAUGGGGGCCUGGCUCUUGUGUCAAUGUGACACUUACCCUACAGUAUCUGCUGCUGCUACUCAAGCCUUUCAGUCUGCCUUCCCUCCUGCCAAACAGACUGAUGUUCUUGUCUACUGUCGCACAGAGAUCACACAGUUUUUGACUGAUCAACUCCUGAAUCAGACUGCCAGCACUCUAAGUGACCCCAAGACCACAGAUCCUGAUGACAUGCAAAACAAAUACCUCAGAGUGAUGACAUCAUCACUUUAUGCACUAAGGAAGCUUUUAACAUCUCUCCCAGUCAACCAAAUAGAGGCACUUACAGAUAGUCUAGACAUUCUACUCAAGGAUUCCAAGUUUUGGAAACAUGGAAAGUCCCCAACAGCAAGUAUAAAAGCCGCCUUUUAUUCAUUCCUUGCCAGUAUCUGCCAAAUACAACCAGAGUUGUCUGCCCUUUAUAGCAGUAAGAUGGCAACGCUGGUCCUACACAAUGUGGAUGAGAAAGACCCAGUCAUUUGUGCCCCUGUGUGGGAAGCUGUACUUUCCCUCAUUAAUUAUUUACCAGACUGCUGGAAAUCUGUAAAUGUUGAAAAAGCAUUUUGGCCCAAAUUACGUUUAGCCCUUGAAAAUGGUUUCUUCGGAAACAUGGCACUGAUUGGUCCGAACAUGCUGCCAUUUCUGAGUAAAGUACCAGCUGACAUCCUGGGGGCCGACAAGAAUUUUUACACGCAGUUCUUCUCUUAUAUGACAUCAGGUCUAGGUAAGGCUACAGUCCAGAGCAGUCCAAGUGAGAGUGCUGCCAUGGUGAAGGCUUAUAUAGAAUGUUGUCAGUAUGUCAGCAUGACUGUGGAUGAUAAACAGAUUCCCAGGUCAAUCAUCAUAGAGCAGGUACUACCUGUGGUUCUGACAUCACUACUCGACAGCAGCUCAACCCUCCACAGAUCACCCCUCUACAGUCUAAUGGGCAGUGCCUUCUCCAGCCUAGAAGUGUCAGCUGGUGCUGUGAUGGACGAGUUCUGGACAGAGUUAGGGAAUGGUAUACUGGAGAGAUUAGUCAGUGUAGACAUCGAGGACAGUAAGUUUGUCGAGAGGUGUAUACAUCUAGUCAGAUGUCUCGUGUAUCCUAAAAUAGGCAACAAAAACAAAACAGAAAAGGUGAAGUUUUCCUUCGGUAUAGAGCAGGACCAAAUAGCAACUGAAGGGGAGAGAACUCUGCUGUCAACAGGGGCUGCUCACCUGGUACAGAGAAUAACUCUCAAGGCCUUCCGAAUGGCAAGAGAGACCCACACUGUACACUGUUUACAUCUGUUUACAUCACUGGUUGAGUUGGAUCCUUCACAGAACACGAUACAGAAGGUGAUUGAGGAGUGUGAAGGCCAUGUGGCCGACCAGCAAUCACACUCGUCGUACUUUGUAUUCAGUGUGUGUAUACCCUGGUUACAGGAAGUGAUGUCAUCAGAGACGGCUGACCCACGACAAUUGCUAUCAGUGAUAUGUACAUUUAUGCCUCUCCUGGAGUCUGACUCCAUAACAAAGUUAUUACAGCAGCUUUGUCAGAUGGAGCUUAGUUUUGGAGCAUUCCACCACCUCUUGGAGAAGAUGAUGCCCCUACAAGCCCAGUUUUCCAGUGUCAACACCUGGCUACAGGGUCCCACAUUCCACAGCAAAGUAGUUACCAUUACAACGGAGGUGUGUGAACGGAGCAUGACCAUGGAGAUGGCUGACAACUGUGAAAUACAGAAGGGCUGGAGUGUGAUAUCCCUAGUACUGGGGCAACAGGCCAACUGCAUACUGAACAGUGACUUGAUCCAGGAGAUUCUCCAGACGGUGCACCGAUCCCUUCUGGUCCUCAAAAACAGCAGAGACACACACAAGGCAGAUAUUGCCAUCAAGUUUGUGGCCAAGGCUACUCACAGCUUCUUCCUCAAUUCCAAGAGUUGUCUGUCCUUGCCAUCGGCUACUGACCUCCUCCUGGCUCUGUUCUCGGUAUCUCUCGACAACAAUUGGGAUGUCACAGGUGAGACUGUACAGGAGUGUAAGGUUGUGUGGACGGAGGGUCUAGCCACCAUUGUCAGACAGACUGGCGGACUGCUACACGACCAAAGUGUACUCAAGAAAGCAGUUUCAAUGGUAAAAGCCAGACUUACUAAAGUGACCUGUAUACCACAGUUUGAUACUUUGGAGGAUCAGGUCCAAUUGUUGCUGUCUGUUGUCAAAGACAACUUACCAGAGUGUGAGAAGGGAGACAACCCCGUGCUGACAAGUGUGAUGAGGGUGCUGUUCACACGGGUACAACCAGACACCACCAGGGAGGUUAUGGAGCAUGUACUGGUGUCUGGUGAUUAUGCUUUUGGUGACACCUCCUUCGGGGAGGGAACAGAUGUUGUCGCCUCUCCGUACCAAACCCUUCACAAUACCCGCCUCCUGUCACUCACCAGACAUAUCACCAUGGAUACCAAGACACAAACACUUGGGUUGGAGUCCUUGGAUGAAGAGACACUAUCAGACCUGGAACUAGACGUGUUACUGGACAGUCUGUAUGGAGAACAGAUCCUCCGUGUGUUGAUAGACAUUGGUCACAAGGGGCCUGAUUUAGAGAUGUUUGCUGCAGCUGUACGGAGACUUGAGUCUGCUCUACCCAAACUAGUCCAGCAAUGUAUACAGUCGGACAGAAGCAUACUGGUUAACAAGGCUAUGUCAAGAUGUGAGACCGGACCGUGGUUGUGGGGUAUGACCCUUCAUCAUCUGUUAAACCUUCUGUCUGAAGACACCAAAUUUACACUGGAACUAGGCAACCUUCUUGACAGGUGUGCUGAGCUGGACACAGGUCACGUCCACCUGUUGGAGAGUGUGGGUGAACACCUGACCAGAGCAGACUCUAUGACUCUUUGUGAGAUCCUGGUGGCCAGACUCAUCAGCUGUCCCCUGGAGGAUGCCAGGCUAAUCAGCGGUGGCUUUGGUACUCUGGCGGCUGUGACGAGUGUGUUGCCGGCGGUGAUACAGGAAGAGAACUUUGUACCUUCUUGUCUAGACUUGGUACACGGCACCCUGGGACAGCUGAUGAGCUGGAAGGAGGAGGAUGACACCUUCCUCUUGUUUGGAAGUGACCUUGGAGAGGCAGCCCCAGGCUUGGUGCUGGUAAAUGCUGAAGUAGCCAAAUUUCUUACCCUGGUGGUGAAGUAUUUCUACAAACACCUGACUGACCGAGAGUGGGAUUUCAUCAUGUGUAGCAUGGUCUCUAUGGUACAGAGUAUUGAUGAGAGUAAAUCUGGGUUACUUAGAUCAUGUGCAACACAGAGGUACACGGUGGGAGUGUGUCGUCUGCUCCACCAGGUGGCGCUUAGUCUACAGACGGUAGAGGAUACGUAUCCACCUAACCUCAUCACAGAGUGGCAGGAGUUCUUCAGUGAGAGUGCCUACAGUACCAUGUUGCCUCUCUUUGUCAGAAUCAUAGGUGAGGAGAAAACAACAGGUAGUACCUACCAAGUGUUACUGAGAGCCAUGGGAUCCUGUCUGGCUCUGUGUCCAAAACAACAGAUCCUCACCCACCACUUACCUCCCCUGUUAGUGGCCGGUGAAGCCUCUCCAUUGCCUGACAGUCUCCAGACUCUGAUGAAUCAUUUAUGUCCUCUGCUGACUCAUAAAGACAGAGCCAUCCAGAUCACAGCAUUCCAUCUGCUGACACGUGUGAUGCCAGAGCUUCCCCAACAUGACAAAGAUGGCAAAGUCACAGAAGAUGACAGUGAAGACACCAAUAGGAGUCCCCCAGCAGCUCUGAUGAAGGUCUUGUCCAACUGUAAUGUUGCCAUGGAGAUAUUAUUAGGGGAGGAGAAAGUGGAUGCCAAUGUAGAGUUAGUUCCUUACACGGAUGAGUACCAAUACACGUUAGCUUACCUCCUCACAUGGAAACUUCUGCUAAGUCUCUUCACUUGCUGUCCUGCUGAGUUGAGACAGGAGUAUGCUGGACACUUCAAGGACACUGGUCUGAUUCGACAGCUGAUGAGGUACCUCUUCUGUCUGAUGCCAGAAAAAAUACCAGUGGUCAGUGAAGAUGGUCAGUCUGGAAGAGUUUUUGAGGUUACACCUGCUUUGAGAGUUACAGAUGAGCCAAGUGUUUUGGAAGUUCAACAUAUGAGUAGCUGGGUGUACCAGGACACACUACAGACCAUGCCUGCCAUUGCACGCCAGUGGUGGCUCGACCAGGACCGCAAAACUGCAGCCUACGUUGACAGAUUUACCAGUAAGAAUGUAAGCCAGUUGCUGUGUACAGCUGAAAUUCGCUCAAUCAGCAACAGUGACCAGAAAUUAGACUAUAUAACAAUACGGACACGCCCCACUACCCGGGAGGUCAUAGUAACCUACGCACUAGAGGAAGUCAGCACAGAAAUGGUCAUCUCCCUUCCCCAGAACUAUCCUAUGGGUAACAUUGAGGUUCACAGUGAAAAGCGAGUGGGUGUAUCAGCAGCACAGUGGGAGAAGUGGUUGUUACAGCUCAAGAUAUUCCUACAAUACCAGAAUGGAAGCCUGUUUGAUGGUCUGAGGAUUUGGAAGCGGAAUGUUGACAAGAGAUUUGAAGGAGUAGAUGACUGUAUGAUCUGUUUCUCCGUCCUACAUGGCACCAACUAUCAGUUACCACGGCUACAGUGUAAAACCUGCAAGAAAAAAUUCCACUCAGCUUGCCUAUAUAAAUGGUUCCAAACGAGUCACAACUCCACGUGUCCACUGUGUCGAAACCUCUUCUGAUGAAAUGGAAACAUUACACAUGUGUCAACCUCUUCUGAUGAAAUGGAAACAUUACACGUGUGUCAACCUCUUCUGAUGAAAUGGAAACAUUACACGUGUGUCGACCUCUUCUGAUGAAAUGGAAACAUUACACGUGUGUCGACCUCUUCUGAUGGAAUGGAAACAUUACACGUGUGUCAACCUCUUCUGAUGAAAUGGAAACAUUACACGUGUGUCAACCUCUUCUGAUGAAAUGGAAACAUUACACGUGUGUCAACCUCUUCUGAUGAAAUGGAAACAUUACACGUGUGUCAACCUCUUCUGAUGAAAUGGAAACAUUACACGCGUGUCAACCUCUUCUGAUGAAAUGGAAACAUUACACAUGUGUCAACCUCUUCUGAUGGAAUGGAAACAUUACACAUGUGUCAACCUCUUCUGAUGAAAUGGAAACAUUACACGUGUGUCAACCUCUUCUGAUGAAAUGGAAACAUUACACGUGUGUCAACCUCUUCUGAUGAAAUGGAAACAUUACACGUGUGUCGACCUCUUCUGAUGAAAUGGAAACAUUACACGUGUGUCAACCUCUUCUGAUGGAAUGGAAACAUUACACGUGUGUCGACCUCUUCUGAUGAAAUGGAAACAUUACACGUGUGUCGACCUCUUCUGAUGAAAUGGAAACAUUACACGUGUGUCAACCUCUUCUGAUGAAAUGGAAACAUUACACGUGUGUCAACCUCUUCUGAUGAAAUGGAAACAUUACACGUGUGUCAACCUCUUCUGAUGAAAUGGAAACAUCACACGUGUGUCAACCUCUUCUGAUGAAAUGGAAACAUUACACGUGUGUCGACCUCUUCUGAUGAAAUGGAAACAUUAUAGUGUGUCGACCUCUUCUGAUGAAAUGGAAACAUUACACGUGUGUCGACCUCUUCUGAUGAAAUGGAAACAUUACACGUGUGUCAACCUCUUCUGAUGAAAUGGAAACAUUACACGUGUGUCAACCUCUUCUGAUGAAAUGGAAACAUUACACGUGUGUCAACCUCUUCUGAUGAAAUGGAAACAUUACACGUGUGUCAACCUCUUCUGAUGAAAUGGAAACAUUACACGUGUGUCAACCUCUUCUGAUGAAAUGGAAACAUUACACGUGUGUCAACCUCUUCUGAUGAAAUGGAAACAUUACACGUGUGUCAACCUCUUCUGAUGAAAUGGAAACAUUACACAUGUGUCAACCUCUUCUGAUGAAAUGGAAACAUUACACAUGUGUCAACCUCUUCUGAUGAAAUGGAAACAUUAUAGUGUGGUUAUGUCUUCAUUUCUCUGUUGACCCUGCUAUGUGUACCAAACCUGGUACUCCAGAACUAGUACAGCAUUUAUUUAACUGAGUAUGGCAGCUGAACCGGAAACAAUUCAUCAGACUGUAGGUGACCUUUGGUUAUCUGACCAUAAUCUAACAUUCAGAGGUUACCGACGGUGUCUUUCAAACAAAAAUUAAAUUUGCAGGUUUGCUGCAAAAUCAGGUCAAUGGACAUAGUAUAUUUUAUUUACCAAGUGUUAUAACAGGAAACUCUGAAACCACAUUUUAAGCUCUACCCAUUAGGUCAAACAAUGGACCCUAUCUGAUACAGGUAUUUUUAUUUACUAGGUCAGUUUCAACACCGAAAGCAGUCUUGACCUCUUGGCAACUAUUGAACACCACUGUUCAUUGCAGGGCUCGCUGUGAUAAUGAAGUGAUCAUUGUUGUCGAUGGAAUUUUAAGUUAUUUCAGGUUUAUAUUAAGCCUUAAAGUUAAAAACCUGAGUACAGAUUGUAUAAAUUAUUUUAAAUCUUGGCACAAGGGUUUUGAUAUAGUGUUAAAAUUGAGCAUUAAACUCAGUUAUAUACAAAA